AUGCCCACUGAAAGCAGCUUUCAUGGGUGGGACACGAACCAAUGCGUGAAUGGAGAAAAUGUGCUUUUUCUGGUGACCAAUUUCAUCGCUACAGCAAAGCAAGCCCAGGGCACCUGUCCCGAGAGCCCCUCUGUUCUCGAUGCGGUGUGCACAGAAGAUGCAGACUGUCCCGUGGGAAACCCAGUGGUUCGUGGCAACGGGAUAAAAACUGGGAAAUGUGUGAUGUUCAACACCACCCAUUCUACCUGUGAGAUCUAUGGUUGGUGUCCUGUGGAGAACAACACCCUGCCCAGGAAACCUCUUCUGGCUGAGGCGGCGAAUUUCACUCUUUUUAUAAAAAAUACUAUCCACUUCACCAAAUUUAACUUCUCCAAGUGCAAUACUUUGCAAACCAAUGACCCCACCUAUUUCAAGAACUGCACGUACGAUCCGUUCUUCAACCCCUCCUGCCCCGUCUUCCGUGUCCGUGACAUGGUGGAGGCAGCUGGAGAGACCUUUGGAGACCUCGCCCUGCUGGGGGGGAGCAUCGGAGUUCGCAUCGAGUGGGACUGCGACCUGGAUCACCCCGCUGCCCAGUGCCAGCCGCAGUACUCCUUCAGCCUGCAGGACAGGAGGUACAAUUUCAGAACUGCCUCCUACUACUGGGACUCCCAGCGGCGGCUCUGCCGGAACCUGCUGAAGCUCUACGGCAUCCGCUUCGACAUCUCUGUGCACGGCCAGGCUGGGAAGUUCAGCAUAAUUCCUGCUGCUGUGAGCUUUGGCACUGGCAUCGCGUUCUUUGGUGCCGCCACGGUGGUCUGUGAUCUGGUUCUGCUCUACCUGGAUGCGAAGGCUGACUUCUAUUGGAAGGAGAAGUUUGAGGAGGCAAAACCCCCUAAAGGUAAGACCGAGGCUGCAGCUUAGGGACAUCGGGAAUGCUCUGCCGCAAGCACCCUUCACUCCGGAGCAACCUCCAGGUAGAUGCGAUGGGGGCACGGCUGCGGCCCAAGUGGAGGUGGCCCAGUUCUCCUGGCCUGAGUGUGCCCUGCUGGGGUUAGGGUCUCCCUUUCCUGGAGAAACAUUUGCAUUGGCAGUUCUUGGCUCCUGGAGCACAAAGCCAUCCCACGUGCAGCUCCCAGCACUGACCGGCUGGUGACUGAGCAGAGCCAUGCUGCGGAGCUGCUGCGGGAACUGGAGCUUGCUGGGAAGCGGCUGGCCCAUGCUCAGCACAAGAGGCUUAAAGCACUUUGCGCUUCUUCACGUUCCACAUGGCCGUGGGCCUUGAUUUCCCGUGAAAAACGGGGAUGCAACAAAAUAAAGCUGUUCA